GACCCUUAACUAAUUAUUCUCCGUGUGGUUUGGAUUUGGCGAUUGGCAAUAGAUUCAUCAGAGGUUUUUGAUAUUGGAGGGAAUCGGUAACGGGCAUGGAAGCCACUGAUCCAAGCGCAGAGAUCGAGCUCUACACCAUUCCUGCUCAAUCCAGUUGGUUCUUAUGGGAUGAUAUACACGAAAUUGAAAGACGCGAGUUUGCGGAGUUCUUCACUGAGAGCUCAAUCACUAGAACCCCCAAAGUUUACAAGGAGUACCGAGAUUUCAUUAUCAAUAAGUUUAGAGAGGACACUUGUCGGAGACUCACCUUCACCAGUGUCCGCAAGUUUCUUGUUGGCGAUGUCAAUUUGCUCCAGAAAGUUUUUCUCUUCCUCGAAAAAUGGGGAUUGAUCAAUUUUAGCUCUUCCCUGAAGAAAAAUGACCAUCUAUUGUCCGUGGAUAAUGCUAAAAUAGAACAAGGGACUCCUGCUGGAAUUCGAGUUACUGCAACCCCUAAUUCUCUUAGGCCUAUAACCGCACCGCCCCUUGUUGAGGAAAGAGUUGAGACUGGCAUCAAAGUACCACCGCUUACCUCUUAUUCAGAUGUUUUCAGUGAUUUGAAGAAGCCGGAUCAUGUAUUGGUUUGUGCGCAUUGUGGAGAACGUUGCGAUUCUCCUUUCUAUCAACAUAACAAGGGUAUAGUCAACAUAUGCGAAAAGUGUUUCAAGAAUGGAAACUAUGGGGAGAACAACACUGCAGAUGAUUUUAAGUUGAUUGGGAAUUCAGCUGCAGCUGUGUGGACAGAGGAAGAGAUCCUCCUCUUGCUAGAAUCUGUGCUGAAACAUGGAGAUGAUUGGGAACUCAUUUCACAAAGUGUUUCUACCAAGAGUAGACUAGAUUGCAUUUCUAAACUCAUUGAGCUCCCGUUUGGAGAGUUUCUGAUGGGUUCUGCUUCUGGAAGACUCAAUCCCUCUAUCCUCACCGAGGAUGAAAACACGGAACAGGUGCAAACUGAUGGGCAGGAACAUGAGGAAACAGAGACAAGGGAAGAAAAAGAAGAUCGCGUGAAUGAAGAUGAGCCUCCAGCAAAAAGGAAACGUGUUGCACUGAUAUCAGAGGGUGAUAGUUCACUUAUGAAACAGGUCGCUGCCAUGGCAAGUAAAGUUGGUCCAUCUGUCGCAACUGCUGCUGCAAAAGCUGCACUUGCAGCUCUUUGUGAUGAAGCCUCAUGUCCAAAAGAGAUUUUUGACACUGAUGACUACAGCAAUUUCACAGUUGAUAGGUUCGAUUCUCUAAGCCCUCAAUUUGCUUGUGGUUUGGCUUCUCAUGUCCUACACUAAUCUCAAGAUACAAAACUUUGCUCACAGAGCCAAUGGAGAGAAAGAUACAGAUAUGGAGGAACAGCAAGAAGAGAAAGACGGGCCUCAGGGUCUACCUGUAGCGUUAAGGAUAAGAGCGUCUGUGGCAACAGCUCUAGGAGCUGCGGCUGCACAAGCGAAAAUACUGGCUGAUCAAGAAGAAAGAGAAAUGGAACAGUUAGCUGCGACAGUAAUAGAACAACAGCUGAAGAAACUGCAGAGCAAGUUGAAGUUUCUAGACGACUUGGAAUCGAUAAUGGAUGAAGAAGAGAAAGUGAUAGAGGGUGUAAAGGAAACAAUCAUCCAAGAGAGGGUUAGCGUUUUGCAAUGCGCGUUUAGAAGCGGUAUUACCAAACGUUGGGAUCAUACGUACGUGAAAUGAUCUUCUUCUUUCAUUCGUACUUUUUUUUUCUCUUGGGGUAGAGUUGUUUUCUCAUUCCUUAUGGAUUUGUUAUGUUGACUUUUGAGGAUUAUAUGUAUUUAGUAUUAAUGUGUUUUAUUGACUUAAUGAGGAGAGUAGGUUUAGGUUACAUACCUCUUUUGUCGAUAUGUCUGACCAAUGGAUGGGUCUCUCUACUAAUUCACACGC